AUGAAGAAUUCAAGUCACUUGACCAUCUCUGUCAUUGCCAUCAUCAUUUUUUCAACAGCCAAUGGAAGCCAAAUUACCAGCAUUGCCCUCCAAGGAAACCGCUCUUACUCAAUUCAGAUUGAGACAACAUGUGCACCAGCUGCAGAAACCACAGACACCAUUAGUCUCAGGUUCAGCGACUCGGCUGGGGACUUGGUCAUAAUCAAGCACCUUAAGAACCCGAAAUUGCUAUAUGCUCCAAAAGGAGGCUCGAGGAGACAUGGUGGCGCAUAUGGUGGGUUCGCGAGGUGUGCCGUAGAAAUGUUUGAGGUGAGUGGAGCCCGCAUGGGCGGCAGAGUUUGCGCGUUGUAUCUUAAGAGGUUCGGGUCAGAUGGGUGGAGGCCUGGCUGGGUGAAGGUGCUUCGUCGACAGGAUAAUGGCCGUGAAGUGCCGGUGUCAUAUAUGUUCUAUUUCAGGACAUUUGUACCAGGAAAUGUUUGGUAUGGGUUUGAUUAUUGUCAAUCUAGAGGGGGAUUUGUGCCUCAUGUUGCUACUUUUGGUUCCUAG